AUGCCCCCUCCACAGAUUAAGCAGGACCUGAACCGGUCCGGAUGGGAGACCACCGACUUUCCCUCCGUGUGCGAGAACUGCCUGCCCGACAAUCCUUACGUUCAGAUGCUCAAGGAAGACCAUGGCGCAGAAUGCAAGAUUUGCACGCGUCCUUUCACCAUCUUCCGCUGGAAAGCUGACCGCACCGCGCGCCAGAAGCGUACUGCCAUCUGCUUGACCUGCGCGCGUUUGAAGAACUGCUGCCAAUGCUGUAUGCUGGAUCUGUCCUUCGGGCUGCCGAUCGUCGUUCGUGACGCUGCUUUGAAGAUGGUCGCCCCGGGCCCCGAAAGCACCAUCAACCGCGAAUACUACGCACAAGGUCACGAGAAGGAGAUCGAAGAGGGGCGUGGCGCGGUGGAGGAAUACGAGAAGACGGACGAGAAAGCUCGGGAGUUGCUUCGGAGGCUCGCCAACAGUGAACCCUACUACAGGAAGCCUCGCCAGAUAGAGGCCGCACCCCAAGACGAGGAGGGCGCGAGUGGAGGACCCAGCGACGCACCGGUCGUACACAGCCGCUACGGAAAUGGCCCGGGACCCAUUCGCACAAGCGAAAGCAGGAGGGGAACGCCACUUCCGGGUAGAGGACGAGGAGGGAUGCGUGGUGGUCGUGGUGGCCGCCCAUUCCCCAGCGCCGCUCAGGUGCCCCCAUCGGCUGAAGAUAUCCUACCGCCCGCGGAUCCGAACAUCACAUCGCUCUUUGUUACUGGCGUGGAGGAUGAUCUUCCGGAACAUACGCUGCGAACUUUCUUCACACAGUUUGGACAGCUGCGGUCGCUCAUUUGCUCCCACCGUGCUCACUCUGCGUUCGUCAACUUCGCAACUCGGGAGGGUGCUGAGGCAGCCGCCAAGCAGUGCCAGGGUCGGGCUGUCAUCCAAGGCUGCCCUCUGCGUGUUCGAUGGGGUAAGCCCAAGCCGUUGGAUAACAUGGAUCGGGAGGAGCGCUUGAAGAAUGCCCGGGAAGGUCGGCAGGCGGCAGGCCCGCGGGCAGCCGAUUCUGGAAAGAGAGCCAUCACCGCUGCCGGAGAGGAGAUUGGCAAAGAGCGAAAACAACGGAGUUAUGCUGUCGCCCCACCCCCGGGUGCUGGAGAGGUCCAGUACUCCAGUCUGUCUGGUGAUUGA